GUUUUCAUCCGGGUUUUGGGACAGCGGCAAUCAUGGCGCCACCCGUGAGAUACUGCAUCCCCGGCGAACGUCUGUGUAACUUGGAGGAGGGCAGCCCAGGCAGCGGCACCUACACCCGCCACGGCUACAUCUUUUCGUCGCUUGCCGGCUGUCUGAUGAAGAGCAGCGAGAAUGGCGCGCUUCCAGUGGUGUCUGUAGUGAGAGAAACAGAGUCCCAGUUACUGCCAGAUGUGGGAGCUAUUGUAACCUGUAAGGUCUCUAGCAUCAAUUCACGCUUUGCCAAAGUACACAUCCUGUAUGUGGGGUCCAUGCCACUUAAGAACUCUUUUCGAGGAACUAUCCGCAAGGAAGAUGUCCGAGCAACUGAAAAAGACAAGGUUGAAAUUUAUAAGAGUUUCCGCCCAGGUGACAUUGUCUUGGCCAAAGUGAUCUCCUUAGGUGACACACAGUCCAACUACCUGCUAACCACUGCCGAGAAUGAGCUGGGAGUGGUGGUAGCCCACAGUGAGUCAGGUAUCCAGAUGGUUCCCAUCAGCUGGUGUGAGAUGCAGUGCCCUAAGACCCACACUAAAGAAUUCCGGAAAGUAGCCCGAGUACAACCCGAAUUCUUGCAGACCUAAGAAGCCACUUUUUACCCCAUGGAAGGGGGUAAGCUGUUCCUGAGUAUAACACCAAGAUGCUGCUGUCUUUAUUCAAACACCUGGGGUGGGCCAACAGCCACUUCCAGAAAAAUCUGCCAGUUUACGCUGUAAAUGGAACAUGUUUCUGUGAACCUAUCAGUGGAUUUCAUUCUCUUGAGUAAUAAAUCUUAUCUUUUCAAGGCACCAACAAACAAAACUGUGAUAUUGGAAAUAGCCUAUCCCUCCUGAUAGUCCUUAUAAAUACAUAUUUUUUGCUAUGAUAAAACUUUUUUACUAAAAGGAUGUUAUAGUUUCUGUUGUCUUAAGCAGAGAAAGACUCUAAAUGGUGUCAGGACAUUUCAGUACUUCUGCUUAUUGAGUACUUACUGUGCUGGGCACUGAGUCAAGUGCUUUACAUACGUCCCCUUCAUUUAGGUACAUUAUGGUUUAAUGAAAAUUUGAGGACACAUGUGGUGAUACAGAUAGCAUGUGAGGCGGGCAUGGUGGCUCAUGCUUGUAAAUCCUAGCACUUUGGGAGGCCAAGUUGGGUUGAAGUCAGGAGUUGGAGACCAGCCUGGCCAACAUGGUGAAACCCCAUCUCUACUAAAAAUACAAAAAUUAGCCGGGCAUGGUGGCACAUGCCUGUAAUCCCAACUACUCAGGAAGCUGAGGCAGGAAGAUCGCUUGAACCCUGGAGGCGGAGGUUGUAGUGAGCCAAGAUUGCACCACUGCACUCCAGCCUGGACAACAGAGCGAGACUCUGUCUCAAAAUAAAUAAAUAAAUAACAUGUCUAAAAGUAUUUGAUACACAUUACUGAUAUAGUGGGUACUCCAGGAAAUGUUAAAUCUGAAUUGAAAAGUGGGACAGAGUACUGUCAUAUGAGGUGGCCAGGAAAGGAUUAGUGACGUGAGAUCAAAAUAAAUUAAAGAACGUAAAAGUUAAGUGAAGAUAUUCAAGGCAGAGAGACAAGCCCAGGCUAAGUGCAGAAGCAGAAAUGAAGGCAUAAGUUUGGGGAUGAGGAAGGGAUGAAAGUUAAGCAUGGAGAGGGUUGCCGACGAAAUAUGAGUCUGAGAUGUCACUUCUUGAGAUGUUAUUCAGGAAGCCUGUGUCUUCAGUAUUUAGUGACCGUGCAUAAUGUUAGCUUUAGAAUCAGCCCACCUCAGUUUCUGUCUUCUAUUUCCUAACCUUGAAUGUUAGGGUUUCUAUAAUUGAAAAUUUUACUGAGAUUGAGAUCAUUGUAGAUCCACAUCCAGGUUUUUUUUUUUUUGUUUUUUUGUUUUGAGACAGAGUCUCGCUUGUCACCUAGGCUGGAGUGCAGUGGCGCGAUCUCAACUCACUGCAGCCUCCACCUUCCCAGUAGCUGGGACUACAGGCAUGCGCCACCACGCCCAGCUAACCUUUGGUAGAGAUGAGGUUUCACCAUGUCGGCCAGGCUGGUCUUGAACUCCUGACCUCAGGUGAUCCGCCUGCCUUGGCCUCCCAAAGUGCUGGCCUCCCAAAGUGCUGGGCUUAUAGGCAUCAGCCACCAUGCCUGGCCUUGGGUUUUUUGUUUUAUUUUGUACAUGCAAUUUUUAAAGAGACAGGGCCUCAAAAUGUCACCCAGGAUGGAGUGCAGUGGUGCAGUCAUAGCUCACUGUAGACUCAAACUCCUGGGCUCAGGUGAUUCCCCCACAUCAGUCCCCUGAGUAGCUGGGACUACAGGCACGUACCACCAUGCCUGACUAAUUUUGCUUGUAGAGACUAGGUCUUGCUGUGUUGCCCGGGCCAGUCUCAAAUUCCUGACCUCAAGUGAUCCUCCUUCCUCAGCCUCCCAAAGUGCUGGGAUUACAGGUGUGUAUCACUGUGCUGGCCAAAAUUACCAACUUCUGAUCUAGAAUUCUGCACAGGUUAGGAAAAUAACAUCCCACCAGGCUCUUGGAGACUGAAAUUACUCAAAGUUAUUGUGUAGGUCAAAUGAAAAUCUAAACUUGAAAAGCAAGAUGCUUGAAAGUAUUUAAAUCUUUGGGUAAGAACUUUCAUUUGCUUGCACUAGUAAUAUCCAUCCCAGCCCCAGUACCAAGUGGUGUGAUAUUUGGUGCUUUUUACAUGUUUCUUUGGGCCUGUUUCCUCUUCUCUAAACAGGAGUUACCAGCCCUUUCAUGAGUUAAGAUUAGAGCUAACAUAUGUAAUAUCCCUCAUCCAGUGGGCGGCACAGAGGAACUUCAUUAGGAGCUCAACAGAUGGAGGGUGUUACUUGCUCCUACCAGAAGGGAAAGGGAAUGUUCUUUCUCCAGCUUUAUGGGAUUUCUUGUAUUCCAGUGAUCUUUUCAAAGGAGAAGGCAGUUGUGUUUAUAAUGAAAUUAUACUCCUUUCCACUGCACUAAGUCACUUUUUGAGAUCAUCUUUACUAUAAGUUUACAAGUUGGUAACAAUAAACAGUUAAAAAAAAAAAAUUCUGAGGCCGGCAACUUGGCAAAACCCCGUCUCUACAGAAAUUAAGCCCGCAUGGUGGCACAUGCCUGUGGUCCCAGCUACUCAGGAGGCUGAGGCGGGAGGCUUGCUUGAACCCAGGAGGGGGAGGCUGCAGUGAGCUGAGAUCAUGCCACUGCACUCAAGCCUGGGCGACAGAGCGAGGCUGUCUCAGGAAAAAAAAAAAAAAAAAAAAAAGCAGACUUUACUUACUCUAAAGAGGAUACAAUGGAGUUCAGAAUGUGACUUUCCAGUCAGGGGAGCACCAAGCAAGAGCUGCAGGGGGCAACAUGAAUGGAGGGCUUGGCCAGGAGGGCCUCCCACCGCCACCUCAGCUCACCAGGCUGACGUGAAAACCCCAGGGAGAUGCGUCAUUUUUUGACCAACCAUGUAAAGUUGUGACUGGAUGUCCUAAACAAACUGCCACACAAGGACUAGGGCAGUGAGAGACAUUUAAAGUUAAAUGCUAAGGUUUCCUCAGAUAAGGUCUUCCACAUCACACAAGAAGCUAUUGCACAUCACUCCUUUAUUAUACUGAUAUGGAAAAAGGAUUUAGUAGUUAUGCUCAGAUGAACACUGGACCCAUCCAUGUGGCAGGGUCAAGCAACUAGAACAUGAUUCAGAAAUCAGUGAAAGACACACUUGGACAGGACCAAGAGGCAUUUCACUGCCAUGAAACAAGGAAGGAAGGGAUUCUAAUACACACACCAGGAAGCACUCCUGCCCCUCAGAGGUCAAGGAGCUGAUCCUAUAUUGGUAUGAGGAAUGGCUUAUUUUCUGAUGACCACAUGUGGGACUAUUUCAACCGCCACAAGAAACCCCAGAAGGGUUAUUGUUUUGUAUUAUUUAUAUAUACUAUACUUUUUUAAUAAAAGUAAAUUAACACAUAACGAAAUUCAGGAUUGAUCCCAACCUACAGCCAGAUCCUCUGGGGUCUGGGAGGAAAUAGUUGUCACAUCACCAUGCAGGUUACAUUCAUCUUCCACUGGAAUGACUAGAGCCCCCAGGCAGUGGCCUGACUGCAGAAGAGCAGAGGACAGACUCCGCUCAUGGGGACAGACAGGCUCUGUUGCUCCUCCUCAUUGGUCAUGGCUUAGCAUGGUUCCUCCCCAAAGUCCUUAGUAAACAAA